ACUCGCUUCAGUUGUGGAGAUAAAAGAAAAUGUUUGAAAAAGAUUGUCUCCACAAUCACAAAAACAGGACUGCGAAAGGUUUAUCUUCAUUGUAAAAUAAAAAACUUCUGUGAAAGGAGAAAUUAGGUUUUUCAGCAGCUGCACCUUCAUAAUAAAUCCAGCAAAACUUCACCUGCUUUUUGCUCUCUCCAGAAUAUCACGGAUCAAUUUUUGUUUUAUUUUUAACAUAUGGGUUCUAAACUAUGAACGUCGAAGAAUAUCAGCAACAAAUUUGACUUGUUUUUGAAAUGUCGGUUAGCUCCGAUAGCAUCCAAACAUCAUUUAUGUGCGGGAUUAAUGAACGGAAUAAAAAUGGUAGCAACGAGGUACGAGAUCGACGCAAAUCCGAAGUCGUGCAGGAGAAAAUGAAUUAUAUGUGCAGGAAGGAUCAGGUGAUUAUUGAUUUACGAGUGUUUAUCUAUAGUAUCGAAAACAUUAACACGUUACGACAAGAAAUGGUGUGCGAGUUUUUGUUAUCGGCUAACUGGUUUGAGAAGUUAACAUUCUAUAAGAGACAUCCGUCGGGUGAUAUCGAUUGGGAUCAGAUGUGGAAUCCACGAUUAUAUUUUCCAAAUGCUGUGGAAAUGAGAAGCUCGUUGAACAAGAGAGUGGUUUUCACAGAUGCCGUGAAAAAGAAAAUCAUGAUUCAAUGGUCAUAUCGUGUGAAGGGUCGAUUUAAAUGUCCUUUUGAUAUCACAAGCUUUCCCUUUGAUGAUCAAGUGUUAAGUAUUCACGUGUCUUCAUACUGGAGUGAUAGUGUAGUGAAGUUUCGGCAGGAAAUGAGUAUCGGCAACAGCAUAUCAAGCGCGCUUUCAAAUUUUGCUGAUAGCGGACAGUGGGUGUUGCAGCAGUAUAUAUUAAGUGACGUCAUGGACAUGAAAGAGACAAAGGAAACCAUAUCAACAGAAAUUCGAGAGCCUCUUUUUCAAUUUCACGUGCACGCGCAGAGAAAGUAUAAUUAUUAUUUAUGGAACAUUGCCGCAAUGGUUAAUAUGAUCUCCUUUCUUGCGUUUACCUCGUUCGCAAUUGAUCGAGACGACAUCGGAAAGAGGCUAAGCGUGAGUUUGACUCUGCUACUAACAGUAGUUGCAUUCAAGAAUUUUGUUUCGUCUAUACUACCGAAGGUUUCAUAUUUGACACUACUUGACAAAUACGUUUUAUUCAACGUCGCUUUUAUAUUUCUUGUCGCUAUUGAAAACGCAGUUGUCGGUAAAGUAGGCGAAGAUGAACAAGACAAGUAUGACUCUGCAUUUUUACUUGUCUCGAUUGUUGUAUACGUGUUAUAUCAAACUGUCUUCAUCAUCGCCUCUAUAAGAGCAGUGAAGGGAUCGCGCGCCAAAUUUAAAGAACGCUAUAUUGGUGAAUUUUCAAUCACACAGACGUUGAGAAAAGCUUCAGAAAUUUUAAAGUAUCCAGUUCUAAACGGGCCAAACUGCUAUAACAAUACAAUCCCUGAGGAAGAAGUGUUAGCACCCUCAGGAUAUGUAUCGCAUUCAACUCAGUUACCACGAAAGCAAUAUCUACGUAAGACUAGCUCAAAUAGGCGUUUUUCAUUCUUAGAUACCAUUCAGUCGUCCAGAUGUUUUGACCCACACGAAGUAUCUCCGCAGUUGUGUUUUCGCAAAGAGAACGGACUCUUAUGUUCAGAUACUGACAGCAGUGAAGAAGAGCAGCUUCAAAUUAAAGGAACAAUGGUGUCGUAAGAAUUAAACAAACGUAUUUCAUUGCACUACCUCCAUGCUUGCACCAAACCUUAAGGCCCGAAAUUUCUCAAAGAUGCUGGUAACGAAAUUGACUCGCAAUAAGUUUUUAUUAAUUCAUGUGGAUGGAUGUUUAAAUGGCUUACUUCCUUUUGGGUAACUCUGCAAAAAAAAAAGAAUAAAACGAGAAAAAAGAAUUACGAAAGUUAAAAUGAAGAAGGAAAUUUAUUGUGAUUUUUCCUUUUUUUAUUAGUCUCUUUUAUACAGCUAAUCCUUAAAAUAAAAGUUUCUUUAAAAUAGAAGGGAUUUUGAACAAAUUUAUAAAGAAUAUAAAACAUAAAAACAAGACUAACCAUCUUCUUAGAUAAAUUCAGCAGAUUAGCACUUUUAUUUAAAAAGUCACAAAUGCCGACCAAUAAAUUUCAUUUAAUACGUGUUUAUUUUAAUUUUGAUAUCUUACGCUUAUCCAUUCACGAAUCAUUAUAUUUAGCCUUAUUGGAGCCGGGAUUUUUUAGGUGAUCCUCUCCGCCCCAUCCCCCUUCUAUCUUCCGAAACAGGAACAGAUAAGGACAUAAAAUUAUGCACUUACACAGCCUUUUAUAUAGUAAAAUUUGAUAAAAAUAAUAAUGAAUAUAAAAAGGACUUCAGUAAUUUGUUAAUGACGCCAUCUUUUUAAUUUUUUUUUUCACUCAAUAUUUUUCUCAACCUUUUAAAGUUUUUUUCGAGAUUAAAAAUAUAAAUAAAAACAAUAAAAAUUAACAUAGGAUUGGUAUGAAACAAUUGCAAAAAAUAGAAUUGAAAUUUUUUCGCCUAAUAUAAACCUAACUUCUGUUGCAUAACAGUCUAAGGAUAUUUUAAACAUACCAGGGGUUAUAUUUUCAAAAUGCUACAUAUUCGAGGUUAAGCUCAUCUCUAUUAUAAUAGCCGUAUUCCGUCUGUCUGUCUCUGCGCGGACCCCCCGCUGAGUUAGAAAAUGAUGUUACGGAAACACGAAUAUCAAAUGCGAUAUACUUUUAUCCACUUUGUUGCGACGGGUAAAUAUAAAGGACGGGCGAACCCGUGGAUUUUUCCACGGGCAACGACUAGUCUCUUUAAUUGCGCCCCGCCGAAGGGGCGCACAUUUAGUGGACCGCGGGUAUAUAGUGUUUGUUGCGCCCCGCCGAAGGGGCGCACAUUUAGUGGACCGCGGGUAUAUAGUGUUUGUUGCGCCCCACCGAAGGGGCGCACAUUUAGUGGACCGCGGGUAUAUAGUGUUUGUGUUGUGUAUGGCAAAAAAAUUUUCCACUCUUUACUUCGCGGGGGACUUCUGCUCGGUCAUCCAACCCGGAUCUGAUAUAACACAACCAGUGUGUUUGGUACCACCAAGACAAAAAAAACACCCAUCGAGCAAAACUUUUUUUGUCUUGGUGUCCUUGUUGUCUCUAAAGAUUUGAAUGCGAUAAAAAAUGUUAAUCGAGAUUCUUUUGUUAUGUUAAUAUGAAGCUUUGUAAUAUGGAGCUUUGUUUGUCUCGUUUAAUGUGCUUAAAUGUCGCUGCAGCCCACGUGAAUUUAGCUUCAAGAAAAGAUUCGUUUUUGUGUGAGCUACGUUGUUUCCAAACCUGUUAACAGUAAGUAAGUAGAAGGAUUAUACUUAUGUCUUAUAUGAAAUUAAACUCAGAACGGAUCCUGGCGUUGAUCCAAAGGCCGCAUUUUAUGAAUGCAUCACAAUUUAAAGUCAAUCAAGAACAGAACAUUCCGUGUAUGGCCAUGACUAAAACUGCUUGCAUUUUGUUGGUCUUCCCUUCCCGAUGGUCUGGCUUGUCGUAAUAGCUUUAAUGAUGUAGCUAGGGAGCUAAAUACUUAUUUUUAAAUUCUUGCAUUUUAUAAGUUAAUAGUCGUAAAACUACUCUCACUUGUACUACAGCUAUCAAGCUAGAACUGCACAAAAUAGUGCUUUCAUUAGAGUCCCUUUUUUCAGAAGCAACAAAAAACUUUUAUCCUGCCCUGUGUAAUUUUAUUAACGAGGGUGCUGAUAAGCCACAUACACCGUAAAAAGUAUAGGCGUUUUGGGUGAGUAAAAUAACUUCUAAAGGAACCUUUGUGAGGCUGCUAUCAUGUAUUCUUGCGGUCAGAAUGUUCUCCUUCGUUGCUAUCCGAUGGAGAACAAAGUGGACUUUUCACGGUCAAACCUUCAAAGUAGCAACCUUACUUAAACAGAAUUUACAAGUAAAACGUCGUUAAAAUGUCGCAAAAUGGCAAAAAUUAAGCAGUAUCUAAAACAUAUUAAAGAUUUGACUAAAAAAAAAAGAAUUCCUUGAAAAAUCCAGUAUUGUAUUUAUGAAGAUUUCACCACAAAAACAUUAAUUACGGCAUUUGUACCCCAUUUCAUAAUGGCUGCCCGUGAUUGGUUGACACGAAUCAGACCGCAAGAAUAUAUAUAAAAAGAUAUUUGUUGAAUCAUGAAAAAAUAUUGUUGUUCAUUGCACGGAACAGUCAAGUUGAACUGAUAAAUUAACCAAUAACAUAACAUAGUUAGCCCUUGCAGUACAACUAGACGCUACCCACAGUAUGUUACAGGUUUCUUUGUUUUCUUCCCUUUUUUUAUGUUUUUUCUUGAAAUUAUAAAUGAUGUUGUUGAUUUAUCAAAUCUGACAAAUUUAUUAAUUGAAUGUCUACCCUUUUUUGUAUCAACUUAUUCAAUUCAAUUCGAAAACAAUGACCAAUCAAUUUCCUCGAUAAUAAACAAUCAAAUUUGUAAAAUUCAAUAAAUCGAUUUCAACAAAAUAAGUCCUGUAUUGUCCACAGGUUUGAAAAUCUUGUAUCGCCUGCUUAAUAUUAUACUUGUUUAACAAUGAUAUCAAAGCCAGCUUGACUAAAUUUAUAUAUAUAUUUUUAUUUAUAUAGUAUACCUUUUGUGUAUCACAUGGCAUUGAUUUGUAUCUUUUUAAUAAAUUCUAACUUUAAAUCAGAUAAGUAGACAAUAAUUAAACAACCUAGUAUUAAUUCAGUUCUGGUAAAAUUGUAUUCUUCUUUCUCAAUUUUAAAUAUACUUUCUUUUUCAGAUCAUUUGUUAUGAAACCAUGCACCAUCAGCAGUUUCGAAAAAUCUUCAACGAGAGAAAUUUUUAAGGAUUUUAUUGGUAACUUAACAGAGUAAUAAUUCAUUGAAAUUGAAAUUGUUCUGAAGUUAUUAUAUAUAUUCGAAUCGUGAAGUUCAUACAUAGCAAUCCUGCAUCCUGGAAUUUUCGAGAUCAGUUAUAAAAAAAUCCAGUUAAAGUUUUAACUAUUGUUUUAGAAUAUAUACUAUAUAUAUGUAAAUAAAAAAUUAUUUUUUAUUUAUCAAGUUGUAUUUUACGCAAUAAUAAUUGAGAAUUAGGAUACUUAUGAUGUGUUUAUAUACCCCAUUGUUCUCCGUUUUAAAGUCUACUUCAAAUUUCAGAAUCUUUUAGGCUAAUGACGGAAAUCUUCAAGUCGCAGGGCUUUUUAUUUAAAAAUUUUCCCCUGGGCAAUAAACUUAUUCACAAGCCUCUAUGCAAUUCCGUACUGCAUUUCUAUCAUAUUCGUCAUAUUUGGCGGAAAAUGUUUCAGCAGAAUAGCUUUCAGACACAAUUUGUUAUUACAGCACAAGAAUUUUUGGAGAUUUGAUAAGUCAAAAAUGUAUGCGUAAGUCUUUUGAACGAAUUUUAACCAAAAAUCAAAAGCAAUGAUUACGUGAAAUUACACAACAAGAAGGCUAGAGGCGUUUAAAGUGUACAUAUAUUUAAUCAAGAUCUAACUUUAUAGAUAGAGCCUUAGCCAAAUGUGAAAAUAACGAAAAUAAUAAGUUCUAACACUGCAGUUUUUAUAGAUUUCAAACGUCCACCAUUUUCCAUUUUAAUUUUAAAUCCCGUUCUAAAUUUGAAUGUUUGAAAUCGUUAUUAGUAAUUCGGGGCGCAUUAGUGGUAACUAUGGCUAGUUGCGCCCCGCCGAAGGGGCGCACAUUUAGUGGACCGCGGGUAUAUAGUGUUUGUUUUAUGCAUGGGAGAAGUUUUUUUCUUACUCUCAACUUCGCGGGGGAACUUCGGCUCGAACAUCCAACCUAGGUUUGAUAUAACACAACCUGUGUGUUUGGUACCAUCAAGACAAAAAUAACACUGAUCGAGCAAAACUUAUCUUGUCUCGGUUUCUUUGUUGUCUCUGAAGAUUUGACUGCCAUAAAAAAUAUUAUUCGAGAUUCUUUUGUUAUGUUAAUUUAAAGCUUUGUAAUAUUGUCUCGUUUAAUAUGCUUAAAUGUCACUGCAGCCCACGUGAAUUUAUCUUCAAGAAAAGGUUUGUUUUUCUUUGUCCAAGUUGUUUCGAAACUUGUUAACAGUAAGUAGAAGGAUUACUUAUAUUUUAUAUGAAAUUAAACUCAGAACGGUUUAUGGCGUUGAUCCAAAGGCCGCAAUUUAUAAAUGCAUCACAAUUUAAAGUCAAUCAAGAACAGAACAUUCCGUGUAUGGCCAUGACUAAAACUGCUUGCAUUUUGUUGGUCUUCCCUUCCCGAUGGUCUGGCUUGUCGUAAUAGCUUUAAUGAUGUAGCUAGGGAGCUAAAUACUUAUUUUUAAAUUCUUGCAUUUUAUAAGUUAAUAGUCGUAAAACUACUCUCACUUGUACUACAGCUAUCAAGCUAGAACUGCACAAAAUAGUGCUUUCAUUAGAGUCCCUUUUUUCAGAAGCAACAAAAAACUUUUAUCCUGCCCUGUGUAAUUUUAUCAACGAGGGUGCUGAUAAGCCACAUACACCGUAAAAAGUAUAGGCGUUUUGGGUGAGUAAAAUAACUUCUAAAGGAACCUUUGUGAGGCUGCUAUCAUGUAUUCUUGCGGUCAGAAUGUUCUCCUUCGUUGCUAUCCGAUGGAGAACAAAGUGGACUUUUCACGGUCAAACCUUCAAAGUAGCAACCUUACUUAAACAGAAUUUACAAGUAAAAUGUCGCAAAAUGGCAAAAAUUAAGCAGUAUCUAAAACAUAUUAAAGAUUUGACUAAAAAAAAAAGAAUUCCUUGAAAAAUCCAGUAUUGUAUUUAUGAAGAUUUCACCACAAAAACAUUAAUUACGGCAUUUGUACCCCAUUUCAUAAUGGCUGCCCGUGAUUGGUUGACACGAAUCCGACCGCAAGAAUAUAUAUAAAAAGAUAUUUGUUGAAUCAUGAAAAAAUAUUGUUGUUCAUUGCACGGAACAGUCAAGUUGAACUGAUAAAUUAACCAAUAACAUAACAUAGUUAGCCCUUGCAGUACAACUAGACGCUACCCACAGUAUGUUACAGGUUUCUUUGUUUUCUUCCCUUUUUUAUGUUUUUUCUUGAAAUUAUAAAUGAUGUUGUUGAUUUAUCAAAUCUGACAAAUUUAUUAAUUGAGUGUCUACCCUUUUUUGUAUCAACUUGUUCAAUUCAAUUCGAAAACAAUGACCAAUCAAUUUCCUCGAUAAUAAACAAUCAAAUUUGUAAAAUUCAAUAAAUCGAUUUCAACAAAAUAAGUCCUGUAUUGUCCACAGGUUUGAAAAUCUUGUAUCGCCUGCUUAAUAUUAUACUUGUUUAACAAUGAUAUCAAAGCCAGCUUGACUAAAUUUAUAUAUAUAUUUUUAUUUAUAUAGUAUACCUUUUGUGUAUCACAUGGCAUUGAUUUGUAUCUUUUUAAUAAAUUCUAACUUUAAAUCAGAUAAGUAGACAAUAAUUAAACAACCUAGUAUUAAUUCAGUUCUGGUAAAAUUGUAUUCUUCUUUCUCAAUUUUAAAUAUACUUUCUUUUUCAGAUCAUUUGUUAUGAAACCAUGCACCAUCAGCAGUUUCGAAAAAUCUUCAACGAGAGAAAUUUUUAAGGAUUUUAUUGGUAACUUAACAGAGUAAUAAUUCAUUGAAAUUGAAAUUGUUCAGAAGUUAUUAUAUAUAUUCGAAUCGUGAAGUUCAUACAUAGCAAUCCUGCAUCCUGGAAUUUUCGAGAUCAGUUAUAAAAAAAUCCAGUUAAAGUUUUAAUUAUUGUUUUAGAAUAUAUACUAUAUAUAUGUAAAAAAAAAAUUAUUUUUUAUUUAUCAAGUUGUAUUUUACGCAAUAAUAAUUGAGAAUUAGGAUACUUAUGAUGUGUUUAUAUACCCCAUUGUUCUCCGUUUUAAAGUCUACUUCAAAUUUCAGAAUCUUUUAGGCUAAUGACGGAAAUCUUCAAGUCGCAGGGCUUCUUAUUUAAAAAUUUUCCCCUGGGCAAUAAGCUUAUUCACAAGCCUCUAUGCAAUUCCGUACUGCAUUUCUAUCAUAUUCGUCAUAUUUGGCGGAAAAUGUUUCAGCAGAAUAGCUUUCAGACACAAUUUGUUAUUACAGCACAAGAGUUUUUGGAGAUUUGAUAAGUCAAAAAUGUAUGCGUAAGUCUUUUGAACGAAUUUUAACCAAAAAUCAAAAGCAAUGAUUACGUGAAAUUACACAACAAGAAGGCUAGAGGCGUUUAAAGUGUACAUAUAUUUAAUCAAGAUCUAACUUUAUAGAUAGAGCCUUAGCCAAAUGUGAAAAUAACGAAAAUAAUAAGUUCUAACACUGCAGUUUUUAUAGAUUUCAAACGUCCAUCAUUUUCCAUUUUAAUUUUAAAUCCCGUUCUAAAUUUGAAUGUUUGAAAUCGUUAUUAGUAAUUCGGGGCGCAUUAGUGGUAACUAUGGCUAGUUUUAUGUAUGGGAGAAGUUUUUUUCUUACUCUCAACUUCGCUGGGGAACUUCGGCUCGAACAUCCAACCUAGGUUUGAUAUAACACAACCUGUGUGUUUGGUACCAUCAAGACAAAAAUAACACUGAUCGAGCAAAACUUAUCUUGUCUCGGUUUCUUUGUUGUCUCUGAAGAUUUGACUGCCAUUAAAAAUAUUAAUCGAGAUUCUUUUGUUAUGUUAAUUUAAAGCUUUGUAAUAUUGUCUCGUUUAAUAUGCUUAAAUGUCACUGCAGCCCACGUGAAUUUAUCUUCAAGAAAAGGUUUGUUUUUCUUUGUCCAAGUUGUUUCGAAACUUGUUAACAAUCAUUUGUUAUCAAACCAUGCACCAUCAGCAUUUUCGAAAAAUCUUCAACGAGAGAAAUUUUUUAAGGAUUUUAUUGGUAACUUAACACAGUAAUAAUUCAUUAAAAUUGAAAUUGUUCAGAAGUUAUUAUAUAUAUUCGAAUCAUGAAGUUCAUACAUAGCAAUCCUGCAUCCUGGAAUUUUCGAGAUCAGUUAUAAAAAAAUCUAGUUAAAGUUUUAACUAUUGUUUUAGAAUAUAUACUAUAUAUAUGUAAAAAAAAAAUUCAUUUUUUAUUUAUCAAGUUGUAUUUUACGUUAAUUACAAUAAUAAUUGAGAAUUAGGAUACUUAUGAUGUGUUUAUAUACCCCAUUGUUCUCCGUUUUAAAGUCUACUUCAAAUUUCAGAAUCUUUUAGGCUAAUGACGGAAAUCUUCAAGUCGCAGGGCUUUUUAUUUAAAAAUUUUCCCCUGGGCAAUAAGCUUAUUCACAAGCCUCUAUGCAAUUCCGUACUGCAUUUCUAUCAUAUUCGUCAUAUUUGGCGGAAAAUGUUUCAGCAGAAUAGCUUUCAGACACAAUUUGUUAUUACAGCACAAGAAUUUUUGGAGAUUUGAUAAGUCAAAAAUGUAUGCGUAAGUCUUUUGAACGAAUUUUAACCAAAAAUCAAAAGCAAUGAUUACGUGAAAUUACACAACAAGAAGGCUAGAGGCGUUUAAAGUGUACAUAUAUUUAAUCAAGAUCUAACUUUAUAGAUAGAGCCUUAGCCAAAUGCGAAAAUAACGAAAAUAAUAAGUUCUAACACUGCAGUUUUUAUAGAUUUCAAACGUCCACCAUUUUCCAUUUUAAUUUUAAAUCCCGUUCUAAAUUUGAAUGUUUGAAAUCGUUAUUUGUAAUUCGGGGCGCAUUAGUGGUAACUAUGGCUAGUAAUAGCCGUAUUUUGUCUGUCUGUCCGCGAAAGCUGCGUCCUGUUACGGAAACACGAAGUGCGAUAUAUAAAGGGCGGGCGACCCCGUGGAUUUUUUCACGGGUUAACGACUAGUCUCUAUAAUAAUAGCCGUAUUCCGUCUGUCUGUCUCUGCGCAACAUGGCGGAGCAAGUAGCGAGACCCGCCGAAAAUCCCCGCGGCCCUGCAGCUUUAUUUCAAAUCCCCGGCAGACCCCGUUUUUUUACAGGCCUUGCUUUGCCGCUCAUUGUAAUAAACCAAUCACGAGGCUCCAUUUUCACUAAUGACCAAUCCAAGUGCUUCGCGGCCUCAACAUGCCGACGGAAGGAAACAUGCUACCCCUACGAAGGCCAUUUUGGUUUGGAAGUGAUGGUGUGAAGUUUAUAGGUUUCCUUUCAAUCCUCCUUAUUUCUUCUGAGUACUUUUUAUCCUAUAGGAUUAUUUAGUUUGUUUUCACAUGUUAAGGUGAAUAUUUCAUCACGUUUUCUAGCUACGUAUAAAUCUUAAACAAACCAAUUUUAAGUUUUUGGCUAGCUACAAAACGUACAUUUUGAGGCAGCUAGCUAUAGCUAUCUUUAUUUAUUCCUAUUCUUUUAAAGUUUUUAUUCAGUUUGGUAUAUUGUUCUUUAUUUUAUGUUGAAGUUGGGUCUACCUAUCUAGCUCCUUUUAGCUCUACCUCUGGCUAAAAAGUGAAAGUAGCUAAAUGCAGUUAUAGGCAGCUACCAAAUUUAUUACUGCUAUGAAAGCUUAUGCUGAAAAAUAAAAUUGCUGAGUAUAUAUAUUUUUUAACUGAACUUGAUAACGACAGGUGGUUUCCUGAUUUUUUUUAAACUGAAGUCGCGAUAAAGUUUUUUUAAAAAUGGUGUUAUGCCUAUACUCAUGUGCGACACAGUCUAGCUGUACUAAGCGCUUAGUCCGGUGGUAACAAUGGGCUGUUUCCUGUGUUUCUGUUUAACCGAAGUUGUGAUAACGUUUUUUACAGAAAAAAAGUACACACUGUUUACCUAUACUAAGCGCUCAGCUUAACAUUUUUUUGAACUUUUCUCGGGAACAUUCCCUGAAAAAUAAAGAAGGUUGGCCAGCUGCUUUCGCUAUGAUGGGGUAACAUUGAAUUGUAAUCUGGGUUUCUAUUUUACCUAAGUUGUUGAAAGUUAUUUUUUGAAUAGUAUAUUACACCGGAAACACCAUAAAGUUGUGUGCACUUCACUUGAUUUUCUACACACUAUAUGGCUGUACUAAAGCGCUUUACCUGAAUGUGUGGCACAGUUGACGGUUCUUAUUAAUCACUCAAUCUGGUGUUUAACGCUGGGUAACACAGCUACUUGUGGCUUCAACCCGGCGUUUCAACAGAGUGUAUCCUGUGUUUUGUAAACCAAAGCUUCAAUAGUUUUUUUAAAUAGGGUCUUAAGCCUAAACGCAUGUGUCGCACGAUUUACCUGUACUAAGUGCUCAGUCCAGUGUCACAAUUAAUUUGUUAACCUUUACUGAAACUUAUUUCGCAAAAUAAAAUAAAAUUGACCAAUUGUUUUUCCUAUGACGGGGUAACAAAUGGUUGUAAAUUGUGUUUUUAUUUUGGCUAAAGUUACAGUAGAGUUAUAUUUUCAAAAAUACACUACAGCCGAAACACUAUAGUGUUGUGUGCGCUUUACUCGAUUAACGACAUACUGCGUACCUGUACUAAAGCGCUCCACCUGACCGUGUAGUACAGUUUACGGCUCUUAUUAAGCGCUCCACAUAGUGUUCAAUGGCGGGUCACACCUUGACUUGUGGCUUACCCCGGCGUUUCGACGCCGGGUUUCCCGGCUAGUCCAUAUUAUAAUGCCCGUAUACGUCUGUCCGUCUGUCUGUCACGCAAAAUGGUAACUUAGCUGCGACAAGCGAACCCGUGGAUUUUUCCACGGGCUAACGACUAGUUUUACUUAAUGCUUAUGUAAAAAAGGUGUAGUUACCAAUUCUGAUUUUACUUAUAGAGUUAUCUACCACAAAUAAAAAUGCAACUCCCACACAAAAUACACUAAAGUGAGACAAAUGACCGAUAAAGCUAUCAGUUCUAUAAAGAUAAGGGACGCUAAUUUAAAAAAUAAUAAACAAAAAAAGUAAUACGCGAAAAGCAUUGUUGAGAAAAGGAGAAAAAACUUCAUUCUUUCAUCAGCGAGCGAUUAAAAAUUGAUAACUUUAAAAUACAAGUAGUCUUACAUGCCAAAUACACUUGUAUUUUUGUCAGUCAGCCGCCCUGUUUAAAUGUCCGAACAAAAUAAUCUCCAUUAUAUCUGCCAGUUGCGCAAAUGAAUUGUUCAUCAAAGUCGAACAAAAUAAUUUAAUGAAGAAGCUAUAUAUUAACAUCAAGCAAAAAAAAAUUCACAGGUUCAAACGAGAAGUCAAUGUUAACAAACAUGGUGAGGAUGAUAAAGUAAAACGGGUUAAUUAUAACAUUACCAACGACUACGUCCCAGGGUCAAAAAAGAUACAAGAUGCUCUGGGGACGAGGUUGCCACGACUUCUAUGCAUAUAACUAACCACGUAUACAAAACAAUUUCACCCGUUAAUGUUUACAACGAAAAUCUGAUUCGAGAGCAGAGGAGGUGAAAAGGAGGCCUAUGUUGACUUACAUUGCCAAAUUCCAUUAUCAAGAAAACAAUGUGACUUACUUUAUAAGCAAGACAAACCCUUGUUCUUGAUCAAUGCUUUGCUUUUAUUGGGAAUAAACUAGUUACCUGAAAGAAUAGCAAAAGAGGUGCUUGACACCGAAAGGUUAACUUUUAAUUUUAGUAUUGUGGUUGGUUAAACCACGGCAUAUAUCUCACACAGCAUGUGUAUGAAUUGAUAUGAGUGGUAAAAUAAUUGUGAUCCAGUGUGAAACGUCCAACUGUAUACUCCAUAAUAUCUUGCUGAAUACUGAAAGUCUUUCAUGCGAAGGUCUUAAAGCCCAACUUUUCCACUGCAUCAUAUGUGACUUUUUACAUAACCCUCAGUUGAGCGUUGCAAUUAAUCAAUGAUUGCUAAGACAAGAUAUUCUAGGUCAAGCCAUAGUAACCAAACGUUUAAGCUCAUCUUGUCAUUUGAUACAGGUUGUGUCAGAGACGUCAGAUAUGUGUAAGAUCUAUUUGGCUGUUAAAAGAGACUGCAUUGACCCGAGCCGAACCCAUAUCAACCCUAUCAGACCGAGUUUGGCGGGGGAGGAGUCCUCUAAAAAUUCUUUCAGAGGUGCUACGCCCUUUCUUGUCGCAUGCUUGAAAUAUUCCGACUGUGUUCUUAUGAAUAUUUUUAUUUUAGAAUAUGACGUCAUGGCGCUUGAAGCUGAAAACUAUUAUAUAGACGACGGAUUCAAGCCGUGGACAGAAGAAAUCGAUUAUCGAGUAAAAGAAUCGAACUACUAAAAAAAAAAUAUGAAACUUACAACGUUUUGCGUGUUGCUUCUCACUGUUGUUUCAGUUUACUGUAAACAAAAUGGAAAAUCAAAAUGUCAGAAAGCAAAGAAAUUUUACGGUUGCUUCUACCGGCCUUCGCUAGGUCUAUGUCUGUGUAAAACGAGACGUCGAUGUGAGAACCCAUUCAAAUACAAAAGUGCGACAUCUUGCAUGAAAGCCGUGUCAAAAGUUGAAGGAGCGUGCAAACGUUUUCCAUGUCAUAAUGGCGUUUGUAAAGCAACGAAAGGAGUUACAAAAUUUCAAUGUUUAUGUUCAGGGAGUGGUUUCUACGGAAAACGUUGCCAUAAACCAUGUCCAAAAGCUUCAGAUAUGUCGUUAUUCUGGAUGGAAGAAUUCAUUACACAUAAAAAUUGGCAAAAUACACCCCUAGCUUGCAUCAUAUAAUUGCUGGCGCCAAUUUUUUUUGGUUUUUUGUUGUUUUGAUGGGAUAAGCAAGACGAAAAAGUAAUCGAGUCUUAUACUGGAGAAUACUAAAAGAGCUGUAAAUGUUGUUUGUAUUUAUAUACCGACACAAAGAUUUAACCUAUUUCGUUAUAGUAAUAACGACGGAAAAUUGCCGUAUGUGCCCUAUUACUGACGUUUGAGUGACGUUAAUAUUGUAAAUACAUAACGAGUAAAAAACUUAUUUCAAAUAUAUUACAUCUUGUUUUAAAUCCAA